ACGCGGUCGCAUCGUCGCCUGGCAGCGCCGCGACGCCCUCGAGGCGAACUAGACGUUCCGCUCUGCGCUCGUCACCGAGGCAUUUCGGCGUUUCUAACCUUGUCCUGGCGCUGUGUGUCGCUCCCUUCGUUUUCGCACCGUGUAACGGUACAGUGUCGCACGUAUUCAUUCUCGCUCCACUAUCACGCGCCCGUCACCCCCCACGUUCUCGCGUGUUGCGGCACGGGUGAACCGUUCGAACCGUGAACCGAGAAGAGACAAUAGAAGAAUCAGCUGACACAUCGCAGACUUUCUUCGAAUAACCGUCGGAGAAAACGCUCCCGCCUCGCGCACACGAUACACUCCCGUUUAAUGCAGUGGCCUCAGCGAACCGGUGAACUUUAUGAAAACUUUGGUAGUCGACAUCGAGGCGUUGCCAAGGUCACGAGGGAGGAGCUGAGGUCAUCGCUGCACCUAUGUUGUGCGGCGAACUUCUGAACGGUGGCUUCGUCAGUACCGGAGCGGUACCGGUGGUUCCCUACGGCCUCUUAGGAUUCUGGCUGCCUGGCUGUCUACGUGCUACCAGCCCUACUUCCCUGAACUCGUCUUACCUGACCCUGUUGGCCGAGCUUCUGGCCACGGGCCACCUGGCGAUACGAAACGAGCUGAUGGACCUCGCGAAGAAGAACGAGCAGGCCGUCACCGACGGCGCGGUCGACCUUGCCCUCGACCUGUACGCCGACGACAUGGACGAGAGCGUCUUUCUCGAAAACGGUCUGCUCUCGUUCGAGAACCCGAACUACCACUUGGACCCGGCUCGCCUGGACGACGCGUUGAACAGUAACGGUAACGGCAGCUCGCUGUACGAUGAGCUCUACCAGGAGUUAUUAGGGAACGGCGACAGAAGCGGCGAGGUGACCGGCGGCGGCGGCGGCGACCGAGUCGGCGAUGUGACCGGCGGCGGCGACACGAGGGUGCAGGCACGCAGAACGUACGCGACGCUGGAUCUGUGCAGCAUGGGGGUCGACGUCACUCAAGGUCCCCUAACCCAAGACUCCGUGACGGAGGACGCGCCGGACAAUUCGGACAACCAUAACCUAGGGUACGGCAGCGAGGGUGUAGCGGAGUCCGCUCUGGUCGACGACACCCUCAACGGAAAUCUUCGAUCAUCGUCGUCGGCGUCUUCCUCCUCGAUUCUGCCUCCCCUUCAGUCGGGAACCGCGGACUCGGUUGACGCUGCCAAUCUAUCCGGUUCGAGAAAUUAUUGCGAGAAACCAGACAACGAGACGACAGAGAUGGGCGGAGUCCCGCACGUCGAGGGCGGCUUGAACAGCGAGCUGUACGCUGUGCCCGUGAAACGGAGACAGCCGAAGGAUCAAAAGAACAACGCCGCUCAGCAGAACAAUGAACAGGAGAAGCCGUCCGAGGUGGAUACCACUGAUUCAGAGGACAAAGACGAGAACCUGCCGCCUGGAUGGCAGAAGCACGAGGACGAAAAUGGCCCCUAUUAUUGGCACGUGAAAAGCGGCAACAUACAAAGAGAGCCUCCGGAAGCCCCGCUGAACUCUAAGAGAGAAUCCCGAAAGAAUCUCAUCAAGGACAACGACAGCAUAAACAAUUUCCACACUUCGAGUGGCAUGGUGAACACCGUGACCCGCAGCAACACGAGUUCAUGUUUGUGCCAAGAGCUCGAAACCAAGAGAAAAGAAUUGCUUCUGAAGCGAAGAAGCUAUCCGGCUAGGGCAGAUUCCGAGGGCAAAGACAAGCCGAUCAGAUUCGCCGUGCGUUCUCUGGGAUGGACCGAGAUCGCCGAGGAAGAUCUGACACCUGAAAGAAGCAGCAAGGCUGUCAACAAAUGCAUCGUCGACCUGUCUCUUGGUAGAAAUGAUCUUUUGGACGUGGUUGGUCGAUGGGGCGAUGGUAAAGAUUUGUUCAUGGACUUGGACGAGGGCGCACUGAAGCUGAUAGAUCCGGAAAAUCUGACUGUACUGAAUACUCAACCGAUUCACACAGUGAGGGUGUGGGGGGUUGGCAGAGAUCACUGCCGUGAAAGGGACUUCGCUUACGUGGCAAGAGACCGAACGACCCGGAAGCACAUGUGUCACGUGUUCCGUUGCGACAUACCAGCGCGCACGAUUGCCAACACGCUACGCGAUAUCUGCAAGAAGAUCAUGAUCGAGCGGUCGCAACACCAGAACCUGGCGAAGCCUGUAGACAUCAACGGGCGAACGAACCUCGCCACGAGACCCACCAACUUGCCCACGGAACACCGACGCUUCCAUAGAAAUGGCCAAGGGCUAGUCACACAAUCCUUUCCAACGCCGAUGGAAGAGCCAAAGAAGGUACUGCCGGCGCAGUAUCUGGGAUCCAUAAGAGUUUCUCAGGCCACAGGCAUGAAGGUUCUAAACGACGCGAUAGAUCAGACCGUAGCUAUGACACCUAUCAACGAAUGGCGAAACGUGAAAGUUGCUGUCGCGCCUAGCAUGAUUUCUAUUCUUACACCGAACGAGGAGAGUAUCACCGAGUGUCGAGUACGUUACUUGUCGUUCCUCGGUAUUGGCCGGAACGUGAAACAGUGCGCUUUUAUAAUGCACACCGCGCAAAAUCUCUUCUUCGCACACGUCUUCAACUGCGAGCCCAGCAGCGGGGCCCUAUGCAAAACCAUCGAAGCCGCUUGCAAGCUGAGGUAUCAGAAAUGCUUAGACGCACACCCGCUGGGCUUUAAACACGCCACCAAACUGAACAAUCCGAAGGAGAGAAGACUGGGCACCACUCUGCAGUCUCUAGUUGGCUCUCUGACUGGACGUAGAAAUAAGCAGGGAACUGUGGCCGCUGCCUGCUGAGCGAGAGGUGAUCCGACAUAGACAUCUGCAGUCGCCCCUGACCUUGAAAUACUUUAGCGAAUCGCCGCCGAACGCGUCAUCGAGGUCACUCCUUUCGCCCUCUCCGGACAGCAUAUACUACUAAUAACUACAUAUACUAAUUACCACAGCUAUAGUGGACUACGCUUACGUGUGUCGAUAUGAUGUUAUGUAUGUUAAACGCAGUGUCCGACAAAAAUGAAAAGAUUAAAAAACACGAUGCCGAGGUGACGGCGACGGGGCCGCGGGGAACGAUUUCACGCGCCGCGACCGCCCCGGAAGCCUGUAUACUCACUUCGGGAUAUUGACAGAGAAUCCCGGUCCCCCCAGGAGACGCUCGCGCUCUCGUUCCACCUUUGAUAGACACCGAACGAGAGAAAGGCUCCUGCUGCCAGGAGCAUGGAACCCGUUGAUCACGAUUCACGGUGUCUCGUAAACACGAUCGGAGCAGCGAGCAACGUCCCUGCGAGAAUAGGGAUCGAUUUAAUGUAUAUACGGGAUGGUAUUAGCUAUCGCGCUGAAUUUAGUGAAUUCGCUGGGUUCGAGAGGGAAGCUCUAGGCGGAGUGUGAACGGGGAACGGUGUGCGAGUGUUAACGGAAUGACUGAGGAAGCGGAGCGUUCCAGCGUCAAGGCGCACUCGACGACUCAACUGGGAAGCGAGCGAAGGGAGGGAGGAAACGAAAUAAUAAUAUUAAUAUUAAUGGGAGAUACAGAAGAUGAAAUCGGAAGCUAUAGGGAGCUUAAAUGUAUAACUUAAAACAAUUGUGUAUUCUCGGGUGUACAGAUUAGAGGAGCGAGACGAGGACGACCGGGCUACACGAAACCUCACACACGUAAACACGUAUUGUAAUGGACACGCAACUGUAGGGACACCCACGCGAACAGGCAGGCACACGUAAUUAAAACACACGUACACGUCACGUUACUUACAUGCGCGGACAGACGAGUAAUAGGGAGUUUAUUUUUUAUGGCGAACUAUAGAAGAGCUUGCACCUUGCGAGAUGAGGGCGAUGCGACAAAGAAAAAGUGACCGCGACCGUCCUUCAAAUCCACGGGGAGGACGUGGCCGAGAUGAACGAGGACGAGGACGAAGUUAUACACCGAUCCUGCGACACCAUAAAGCGAUCCGACGUUGUUACCGUACGCACAAACUAUGCGCGGUAAAACGCUGACGCGAGCGCGAGCGACGCGAUCGUUCGCCAUUGUUGCGCGCGCUGUAACGAGCUGCUGUCAUCGUGACGCCCGACGAUCAUCGGAAACGCUGACCGCCUUCGCGCGCGACGUAGUUGUCAUUUCACGAUAACGGAAAUCGAUAUCGCGGUUCACGCGUCACGUGGAACUUAGACCGACGCCAUAUUCGUCCACGGAGAUUGCCCGUUCACGAUAGUGCACGUACGUACUCUGAAUCCUUGAUAGUCGCACGUGCACCGCGUCGAUCGUGAUUCAGCGGCUGUCUAGGAUACAUCGUGCAGUCAGCGAAACGACUUUCGGCCUCGUUGCCGGAAACGAUUGUGCAAUGUAACAUGUUCGAUUUUUCAUUGAUCGUUCAUUGAUUUCUAGAAGUUUUCACUUUUUCCAAUUGACUUCGUAUAUUGUGUGUUCGUGUAAAUGAUAAGUUUGUACGGUUCUUCGGUUGCUGUUACUAUUUUUUCAUUCUUAGAGAGCUGGAGCUUUGUUUGCGUAACUGAGAUGGGAAAUCGAUUGGAUUGUACGAGUUGUUCUAUUUUAUGAGUUCGGAUUGAGACAUUUCACAUUGCACGGAGUAAUAGAACGUGGCAGAUGGAUCACGUGCGGAAAUGCUGACUACUCGAAGGAAAUCGGCGACAAGUGCACGCCGAUACGCCUAAUACCAAUCAGUAGCUUAAUAAUUGACCUGAGAUCCAACAUCGUGCGCCGUUUUCCUUUCAGUUGAUUCUCUAAUGUAGCUCUAGAUGUUACCGACGCUGAACGAUCGCAGAAUUGUACAGACAUACGAAGCUAAUUCGUCCGAUCUCCGAUUAUUUUCGUAUGACAGACGAUGCAGUGAACCUACAUUGUUUCACAGCAAGGGAGGUUCAUUUUCCCUGGACGCUUCCUUCGAAGAAAACACGUUUCCGUGAGCCGAGAUGGGCAUCAUUUUUACGAUUAACAUUAUGUCUCUCUUAAUCUGAUAGUGUACCUCACUAUCUCCUUUACUUUCUCUUUUCAUAAAUAUCAAUAACUCCUUCAGCGCUCUUCUUGAAAAUUUUAAUUGAAAACCCGUUGUAUCGUUCGACAAUCUCGAACCAAGUAUCUUGCAAUUAGAAUUUCCACGAGUGCAAACACUUUAUUCGGUCUGUCACGGAAACCUUUAUUAAUAAUCAUUAGUAACUUUUAAUUAUCAAAUCAUCUGGUAAUCAUAUUGAAUUAUUUACCACUUCAAUUAUUCCACGAAUAAAUAAAAUAAUUACUUCACCGUUAAGUACCAAAAUGCAAAUGGAAGCCCCAUUUCUGAUUCCGCGGUCAUCACCGGUUCCCCGUGGGGGAGAGGGUUGCCGCGCUCGGCGUCGGAUCCUCCCGUGUCCAUCGAGGACGGUCACAUCGUGGAAGCCAUCGUCAUAUGCGAAUGAUACAAAGUUGUGCGGGACCCAGAACGAAGAGAGAUAUUUCUAUGUAGCGUUUAAAUAGGAACGAUGGCGAGAGUAAUAGGCGAGCGUGUGUGCAAGAGGGAACAGUGUGCUUGGCGAGGGGUUGCGAGAGAGCGAAUUGUAUCUAGGCGAAGAGGACGUAGCGGGAUUACAGUGGCGGUGAUAGACGGAUCAUUAAUUUGUACAUAAAAUGCACGUAGCGACGAUCACCCGCCUUUUACGACGAGAACUGACUGGAAUACGUUGGAGGGGAGAGACGGUCUCACUCGCGGCAGACAAAGAAAGAAUCGCCUCGUCCCACGGCUGAGUGUUGCCACGAAAGGAAACAUCCCCCGUUCAGCACGUUCGUUGCCAACUUAUCCGGCUGGCAGCACAUCCGGUGCCAAAGCCUUUCCGGCUGCAUGCAACCGCUGAUAGGCGCUAUUCCAACGAUACAUCACUUCGAAACUUCGAGUGCUGUAUAACGAAGGGGACAUAUCGAUUCCAUUGACACUGAACAAGGUUUCCUUAUCAGUCCCAACGACGGCAACCGUUAGCAUUGGCAACGAACGUGUUAAACGAAAAAUGCUUGCAACCGAUCGGUCUGCUCGGUGCCUCACUAUCGUCACCCGCGAGACUGAUCGGUCAUUGGCGGCCAAUGCGUCAUGGAUGACGCGAGUGGCGCGCGUUAACCAUUCGAACUUCUCCUUUCGAUCCGCCGCUUCGGAUUUCCUUUCACCCGUGUCUUUUCCGUUCCUUCCGUUGCCGAUCGAUUCUCCGCGAACGCGGACGGCGAGAACGGUGUCUCGGUACGAUGAGAAAUCGACGGAACGUCGGGCGACCCGCAUUCCGGGCGAAUCGGGACAGCCGCGGCGAGUAAUUGACGCGAAAGUAACCGGGGCGGCGCUUCUUCUGCUACCAUUGAUAUACAUACAUGUAAUCGUUGACGCGAUACCUUGCUUUACGAAAAUUCUAUGUAUAUAUACAUAUACGUAGAUCGAUAUGUAUAUGUAUAUGUAUAUAUAUACGUAUGUCAGUUGUUGAAUUUAUAUUAAUGUUAGGUCGAUCGAGAGUGAUCGGGGGUGGCAUGCGACAGCCUCGACGAGCGCGGGGAUGCUAAACGCGAUGUGCGUGCGUGCGUGCGUGCGUGCGUGUGUGCAUGUGUGUGUGGAUGUAAAUAUAUUAAUAUACACUUGUGUAGAGAUAAAGGGAGGACAAACGAAGGAAGGAGGUACGAGGACUUUACGCGGCGAUGAAUCGUGGAGUUGAAUGGUGUUGGACACAUCGCGGCGCCGAGUCGUCGAAACGGCGACGCGUGUGACGCGAGCCACAUAUGUACACGAAACACGAGUACACAUGUUACACGUUUGACUGAGAAGGGAGACGACACGGAGAAUAUACAAUGUACACACACACAUACACACACACGAACACAUAGCGAAGGAAAACAUAAACACGACGAAGCGUACACCGAGACACACGAUCACAAACUGCGCGUAGCUUAACUGUCUCCUUUAAAUAAAUAGGUGUUGACUUGUCGCCAUGGGAGGGACACGAGGAUAUCGAUGAAAAAAAAGGCGAAAAAGAGGUGAAGGAGGAGGGUAAAGGAGAAGGGAAGCCACU